AAAAAUUGAAGCAGCAAACAGAGUUGGCGUUGCAGGCAAAGUAUGGCAAUGUGCGUGCACACACACAGAGGAAUAGGAUAGCUAAUUGAGUUGAGUGGGCAAACUUCAAUUAUUAUAAAUGACAUGUUGCAACAAUCCAAAUGCUUUGCUACAACAUUUGGGUGAUAUGCCCGGUGUUAGGGUUUUAUUUUGUCUCUACCUUUUCCCCUCUUUAACCACCCCCCAUUCCCUUCCUAUAUUUAACCCAUUUCCCCCUCAACUCUCUCCAUCUCCUAUCUUAAAUGUUGCUACCACCACCAUGGCUGCUGACCUUCGCCUUCUCUCACUGACCCAACUUCAAAAGCUAGCUCAAUCUCAACACAACCAGAACCUAAUGGCAGCCUCCUGGGUGUGGAACCCUCAAGAAGCAGCUGACGAUGAUUCGUGGGAGGUCAGGGCCUUUGCCCAGGACACAGGUAAUGUUAUGGGCACAACUUGGCCCCCUAGGUCUUAUACUUGCACUUUUUGCAGAAGGGAGUUCCGUUCAGCUCAAGCUCUUGGGGGUCACAUGAAUGUUCACCGCCGUGACAGGGCUCGCCUUCACCAAACUCACCCACCUGCUCCUACUGUUCCAUUAAUCAAUCAAACCUCAUCAUCAACUACUCAAGAUUUCGUCUCCGAUGGCGGCCUCUGCCUCCUCUACCAAAUCCCCACCACUAAUGGGGUUUUCAAUUCUCCAUCUAUGAACCCAUGCUCCCUAGAUUCAACCCCCCCUCUUCUCUCUAUGUCAACCUAUCCUUCAAACAACUUGAUGGCACCACCACAACCACAACCGUAUAUAAAUUAUCCAGCAACACCUCCGGGAUUGCAUAAUUCUUCAUCGGCGGAUAAUAACAUCAGCAGCAUGGAAACAUCAAUCGAAGAGCUUGAUCUAGAGCUUCGACUAGGGCAAAGACCAACACCAUCUUGACGGUCAAAAAUCAAAGACAGUGAGUUUCCCUUUUCUUCAUAUAAUUUUACCUGCAGUUUGAGGAAGGAAGAGUGGUAAUGGAUGUGUAAGAUAGUUAAUUUUGAUUAACUUCUUGUGAGAUAUUUUUUUGUUUUUUCAAUGUUUGAUAUAAACAAAUUUUCAUUUA